ACCCAUACCUAUAUUGUAACAGCCAAAUGCUCGUGUUACCGAGUCCCGUACGUCAUAACGAGCACCAUCGCCCAUCGGCGACUUUACCUAUAUAUAGCCAAUUUGGUUUUCAAAACAUCAUCAUUCAACCGAGCAACGUAGAACAGUCAACAUGAAAUUCACAUCAGCUUUAGUCGUCGUUUUGGUGGCCGUAGCCCUCGUCAGGGCGGACAGCGCAGACAGCAAGACGCACAAACCGGAAAAACGCGGUAUCGUCGCUGAACACGAUUACGAAAGCGGGUUGGGACACAGUUCCAGUCUGAGCUACGGUUCCGGUCUGGGAUUGGGCUCCAGCAUUGGCUUAUCGACCGGAUUAGCUUCUGGUUACGCCGCUCACGGUGGAUCAGCUUAUGGGUCCUCAUACGCUCCAGCUUACGGUGGUGUCGCAAUUGCCGCCGCACCCGCAUACAGUGGGGUCGCAGUCGCAGCCGCACCCGCAUACAGUGGGGUCGCAGUCGCACCCGCACCCGCAUACAGUGGGGUCGCAGUCGCAGCCGCACCUGCAUACAGCGGAGUCGCAAUCGCAGCCGCACCUGCAUACAGCGGAGCCUCAUACUCCGCCGCCCCAGCACCGACCGUCGGCCCAUUGAUCCCGAUCUCCAAGGAUAUACACAUCAUCAACCGUCAUGCCCAACAAGUUUCUGCCCCGUACCCAGUGCCAGUGCAGAGGACCGUCGCCAUCCCAGUGCCACACCCUGUCCCUUACCCGGUAGAACGUCCAUAUCCGGUCCGUGUUGCCGCCCCGUACCCAGUGCCAGUUGAGAGGCCUGUUCCAUACCCAGUAGACAGACCAGUGCCACAUGCAGUGCCCGCUCCCUACCCAGUCCCAGUCGUCCAGAACGUACCUGUACCAGUUUCCCGUCCAGUACCAGUUCCGGUUGUCAGGAGAGUUCCAGUGCCGGUUGCCACACCAGUCGUUGUCCAAGCACCACAGCCAAUCGCUGUUGCUGUCUCAGCACCUGCAUACGGAGGAUAUGGUCUAGGAGCUUCAGCUUACGACGCCAGCUACGGAUCCGCUUCUCUGUCUUCGUACGGAUCUUACGGAUCAGCACCAUCCGUUUCCUCAUAUGGCUCUUAUGGACCAGCACUGUCCGCUUCCUCGUAUGGAUCUUACGGAUCAGCCCUGCCUUCUUCUUCAUACGGAUCUUAUGGACCAGCUCUAUCUUCUUCUUCGUACGGAUCUUACGGGCCAGCACUUUCAUCUUCCUCACACGGUUCUUAUGGACCAGCUCAGGCUUCUUCUUCAUAUGGAUCUUACGGAUCAGAUCUAUCCUCGUACGGACACGAAAGCCACUCAAAAUACGAAAGCGGUGGAUGGACUCCAAUCGUAAAACGUAACUCUAAUUAAUUAAGAGACUACUCUCCCGAGUCCUGGCAUUGCUCAACUCUCAAGUCAGAACUUGUCAAGUUACUAUAUUAUAGUUGAUUAUUAUUAUGUUUUUAUACUUAGAUUAACGUUUUUAUACUUGAAAAAAUAAAUGUCAAUUGUACAAUGCAGUUCGAAUAAAAUGUUUUGUUAAAAAAUAAA